CGCCCCUCAGCUUCAGGGAGCCAGCCAGGCCGGCCCGCAGUGGACAGCGACCGGCCCGGGAGCUGCAUCCCCACAGGUCCCCCCACCAGUGCCUCUGAAGAUGGUGAGGAUCUUGGCCAAUGGGGACAUUGUGCAAGACGAUGACCCUCGAGCCAGGGCUAGCACCCCCUUUCGGAACAUUGCAUCUCGGCAGAACUUUUUCACAAGAGAAGGCCAACCUCAUGGGGGCCCUGCCCCAAACAUCCAUCACUUGGGGCCCAGGCAAGGUGCCCAUCGCUCCCCAUUCUCUGACAUCAACCAGCAGCUGGUGAACCUGGGCUUUCCCCUGUGGCACUUGGGGGACCAGGUGGUGGAGCCUGUGAUGUCCAUCCUGCUGCUUUUCUUGGUCAUGAUGCUGGGAGUUCGUGGGCUGCUGCUGGUGGGCCUGGUCUACAUGGUGUCCCAGCUGAGCCUUCGAUGACCCUGGGGAGGGGAAGGGGGGGGGAACUCCUGGGAGAGGUGUGUGUGUGUGUGUGCGUGUGUGCGUGUGUACAUGAAUAAGGAGUGAGGUGUGACUAGCUGGGGGUGAGGGUUGGGCCCUUCCACUGAAGGCCCCUUACCUUUUGGGAAAAGGGCCCCAGGAAACAAGGAAGUGUCUGCUGCUGUCUCCUAGCUCUGCUGGGUAUCUGUCCGGAGGCCUUGCCAUAAGGGGGGCUUCUCACCCAGGAGGCUUUCAGCUUCUAAGGACCCCAACCCCUUUUUCAUCCUUGCAGCUGGAAGACUGUGUUGGAGGAGAUGCCCAAAUUCUCUCCUCUAGACUUGAGGGAGGCUCCCAGGAAUGGGGGCUGGGGCUGGAACCAGUCCUCCAGGCCUGACUUGGGCCUUCUCAAGCCUUUUCUAGCCUGGGGGAUUUUCCCUUUUUCCCUAUAUCUCCAGCAAUUCCAAGGAGGAGACCCAGCCCACAGAGUCGGGUUACUGACCAGUGCUAAACCUUGGAUGCAGGAUACUUGUCUCUAAAUGAGACAAAGUUCCUGGAGAUGAUUUUUAACUGGGCAGGUCCCAGACAGGAGGCACACUGCUUCUUGAGCCUGGGAAUGGGGAUGGGCCAGAGGGGAUGGCUGAUUCCUAGGAUUAUUUUAUCUUCCCCUCUCUGAUGCUGAACCAUGGGACUUUGUAUCCCCUUGAAUCUGAAAGGGAGAAGGCUUUUUUUUUUUUUUAAUUGCAGAGAUCUUAUCCUGAAAACUCUGGUUAGGCUUAGUGUAUAGACAGAACGAAACCUAUCUGUGUGUGUUGUGAGGAGUGGAGGGAAGAUGGUAGGUAUAUACUAAUGGCAUCCAUCAUUGCCUUGGGACCAAACUACACUCUCUUUAAAGGUUUUUUUUCUAAGAUUUUUUUUUGGGCUGAGGAGAGGACAGAGGCAGGUCUACAAGAAUCUUAGCUGGACAGAUGAGGUCUUAGAGGCCAAGCAGCUCUGGAACCUGUGUGUGUGUGUGUGUGUGUGUGUGUGUGUGUGUGUGUGUGCGUGUGUGCAAAUCCAACCCUUUCUUCUGGGCAAGUUUCAUGGCCAGGGGCUUCACUAGAGCCUUGUACUCAACUACAGCCCUGGGAUGGGAAGUCUGGACCUGCUGUGGGAGGGGCAGACCAUGGGGGACCCCAGCUACUGGGGUGGAUCACUGAUAUUCCUGGGAUGCUGGGAGAGCUCUCUGUCUGAACAUGACUCCUUUCUCAA